CUCCCCGAGGGAUCCAGCUGCCCCACAUCGUGGUUAAGACCAAAGCAGACUGUGAAGAACUUCAAGAAGAUCCCACGAAACUAAGUGACUGGGCAACAAAAUGGCAAAUGAAAUGUAAUGUGGAUAAAUGUCAAGUAAUGCACAUUGGAAAAAAUAAGCUCACCUAUACAUACAACAUGAUGGGGGCUAAUUUAGCUACAGCUAAUCAGGAGAAAGAUCUUGGAGUCAUCGUGGAUAGUCCUCUGAAGAUGUCCACGCAGUGUGCAGCAGCAGUCAAAAAAGCAAACGGGAUGUUAGGAAUCAUUAAAAAGGGAUAGAGAAUAGGAUGGAGGAUAUCUUAUUGCCCUUAUAUAUAUCAAUGAGCAGUGGAAAGAGCUCGGUUCUGGAGAGUAUUGUGGGUCGUGAUUUCCUGCCCCGGGGCUCAGGCAUUGUCACCCGGCGGCCACUGGUCCUGCAGCUGGUGAAUGUGCCAUCGCUGGAGGAGCGGCAACGUGCAGCCAGUGGGGAGACAAGUACCCAGGCUGAGGAGUGGGCGACAUUCCUGCAUUGCAAGCAUAAGAGCUUCACCGACUUUGAUGAGAUCCGGCAGGAGAUCGAGACUGAGACUGAGAGGACGACAGGAACCAACAAGGGGAUCAGCCUGGAGCCCCUGUAUCUGAAGAUCUACUCCCCACAUGUCCUGAACCUAACGCUGGUCGACCUACCAGGGAUCACCAAGGUGCCUGUGGGGGACCAGCCCCCCGACAUUGAGGGCCAGGUGCGGGAGAUGAUCCUAUCCUACGUCUCCAACCCAAACUGCCUGAUCCUGGCUGUGACGGCUGCCAACACGGACAUGGCCACCUCUGAGGCACUCAAGCUGGCCCGGGAUGUUGACCCUGACGGACGCCGCACACUGGCCGUGGUCACCAAGCUGGACCUGAUGGACGCUGGGACUGAUGCCAUGGACGUCCUGAUGGGCCGGGUCAUCCCUGUCAAACUGGGCAUCAUUGGGGUGGUGAACAGGAGCCAGCAUGACAUCAACAGCGGGAAGCGCAUUGUGGAGUCGCUGCAGGAUGAGCAGGGCUUCCUGCAGAAGCGUUACCCAUCGCUGGCCAACCGCAACGGCACCCGUCACCUGGCCAAGACCCUCAACCGGUUGCUGAUGCACCACAUCCGGGACUGCCUGCCGGAGCUGAAAACCCGGGUGAAUGUGCUGACGGCCCAGUACCAGUCGGUGCUGCAGAGCUAUGGGCAGCCCAUUGAGGACAAGAAUGCCACGCUGCUGCAGAUCAUCACCAAGUUCGCCACCGAGUACUGCCACACCAUUGAGGGCACGGCCCGGAACAUCGAGACCUCAGAGCUCUGCGGGGGCGCCCGCAUGUGCUACAUCUUCCACGAGACAUUCGGCCGGACGUUGGAGUCCAUCGACCCGCUGGCUGGGCUCACGAUGCUGGACAUCCUGACGGCCAUUCGCAAUGCCACGGGCCCCCGUCCCGCCCUCUUCGUGCCUGAGGUCUCUUUCGAGCUGCUGGUGAAACGUCAGAUCAAGCGUCUGGAGGACCCAAGUCUGCGCUGCGUGGAGCUGGUGCACGAGGAGCUGCAGCGCAUCAUUCAGCACUGCUCCACCUACAACACGCAGGAGCUGCUGCGCUUCCCCAAACUGCAUGAGGCGAUUGUGGAGGUGGUGACAGGCGUCCUGCGGCAGAGGCUGCCCAUCACGAACGAGAUGGUUCAUAAUCUGGUUGCAAUCGAGCUCGCCUAUAUCAACACCAAGCACCCGGACUUCAUUGACACAGCGCUGGUGUCUGCCUCUGUCAGCAGCAGCAAGAGUGACCCCCCUGCGGAGGGGAUCCGGCGCUGGAAGAGUGACAAAGUGGAGGAUGCUGGCAUGGAGGAGAAGCCCAAGGGGAACCCCCAGCCCCCCAUGUAUUCCAGCCCCAGUCGCUCCCAUGCUGUCAAUCUGCUGGACACGCCCAUGCCGGCCACACGGAAGCUGAGCCAGCGGGAGCAGCGGGAUUGCGAGGUGAUCCGCAGACUCAUCAAAUCCUAUUUCCUCAUUGUGCGCAAAAGCAUACAGGACAGCGUCCCCAAGACGGUCAUGCAUUUCCUGGUGAACUAUGUCAAGGACCAUCUGCAGAGCCAGCUGGUUGGGCAGCUAUACAAGCAGCAGCUGCUGGACAUGCUGCUCACAGAGUCCGAGGACAUGGCACAGCAGCGCAAGGAGGCUGCUGGGCUGCUCCAGGCCUUGCAGCGAGCCAGCCAGACCAUUUCUGAAAUCCGGGAGACGCAACUGUGGUGAGGGGAGGCUGUGCCUACAAACAAGCCCUGGGCCCUGCUCUCCCAGCGUGACUCCAGGGAGACACCUCUACCUGCCCAGAGCCUGAUUUACUCGGUGUCACAUACACCCCUGCUUGACCUGUGGGUGUGUGUCCUGAGAAGCUUCGGGGGGCGAGGGGGUAGAGAGACAGGGACAGUGGCAGAGACUCCGCACACAUCCUCCCCCUGUUCUUUGCUGCCUGUGUAUCUGAGCCACUCCAAGGGUGGGUUGGUGUUAUGGAAUAAAACCUGUUUGUGCAAA